AUGGGGUGUUUCCCCUUCUGUGAGGGCCCCCCCCUUCUCUGUGGGGUUCCCCUCUCUGGGGCUCCGAGCGGUCUGCGCCAGCUCCGCUUGAAAGCACCCCGUGUAAACGCGGCCCCCGAAAGCGUGGGGUCACCGUGCGGGUUUGUGAUCUCCCGUGCAGAUCUCAGGAAGCAGGCGAGGCAGCUGGAGAACGAGCUGGACCUGAAGCUGGUCUCCUUCAGCAAACUCUGCACCAGCUACAGCAGCACCCGAGACGGAAGGCGCGACAGCUCUGACACAACUCCCCUCUUAAAUGGAUCAAGCCAGGACAGAAUGUUUGAGACCAUGGCUGUGGAGAUUGAACAACUUCUGGGAAAGCUUACUGGAAUAAAUGACAAAAUGGCAGAAUACACAAAUAGCGCAGGAGUCCCGUCCCUGAAUGCUGCACUGAUGCAUACGUUACAGCGUCAUAGAGACAUAUUGCAGGAUUAUACGCACGAAUUCCACAAAACCAAAGCAAACUUCUUGGCGAUACGAGAAAGGGAAAAUCUGUUGGGAUCAGUACGAAAAGAUAUCGAAUCAUAUAAAAGUGGGUCUGGAGUGAAUAACAGAAGAACAGAACUAUUCCUGAAGGAACACGAACACCUUCGAAACUCAGAUCGACUGAUAGAAGAAACAAUAAGCAUUGCCAUGGCAACUAAAGAAAAUAUGACUUCGCAGAGAGGGAUGUUGAAGUCAAUACAAAGCAAGAUGAAUACCUUGGCUAAUCGGUUUCCAGCAGUGAACAGCCUGAUUCAAAGGAUCAACCUUCGGAAACGACGAGAUUCUCUCAUCUUGGGUGGCAUUAUUGGCAUCUGUACCAUCUUACUGCUGCUAUAUGCUUUUCAUUGA